CUACAUACCUCUAGCCACCACUUGUUGCUUUUACCUUGCCUGUGGAUUCAUUGGGUGUUUAUUAACAAUUCCCACACUAACGUUGUUUAUUACUCACUUGAAUCUUUUACUCGAAUGACUACCAUAACAUUCAAUUCGGCACUAUCUGCCUCUACCUCAAUUCCUUCUGAUCCGACAUCUUCUGCUGCUAUGCUUAUUUCAAUUGCGGACUUUUCACUUUCUCCCGCAUCAGAUACUGACUUGGAGCAUCUCUAUACUCGUUGCAGUAUCUGCUUCGAUGCCUCGCAUGACUUUUGCCUCAAGUCCUGCAAGGAUCAGUUUUGUCGCUCCUGUUUUCAGCGUUAUAUGACAGAAAUUGUUCGCAACAGCUGGGGACUUUCCGUGCAAAAUGUAACUUGCCCAGUUUGCCAGGAUCCCCUCGACUUGUGUGAAUGGAAAAAUUAUGUUGAUCAAGAAACAGUAAGGCAGUACAAGCUAUUUAACCGCCCAUUCCGACCAAUGACUCGUACAUGUGAAAGCUGCUUAUCUGAGGUUGUCUGUGCUCCACAGCCCUUGAUAGAGCACCAUCACCGGGAGAGGAAAAUUGAUGAAAUACUUUCUAAAAUUGAGGAGCUUGUUGCGGAUAAAGGAAUUGUCGAUUCUUAUGGGUUUGCCAUUAUAUCCAAAGUCCGAACAGCAUUUAGGACUCACAUAAAAGGCAGUAAAUCUGAAGUAUUCGAUAUCUAUGUUUGGUUUAUGCGAGAUGUUCGAGACUUUUUGAAUCACAGACCCAAUGCUAUCCAUCUCAAGACGCGCUCAUCCAAGUUGGAGGCAGAGGAAAGACAAAAGAGACUUUCCGAUAUAUCAGAAUGUUUUAUAUCGCUCGAGCUUUCUUCCGAGAAAUGGAAAGAGCUUCAAUUUCUUCAUCUUAAAAGCUUUCCUCAAGCCAUGUGUCACUGCUGUGACCAAUCCAUAUGCUUUUCCUGUGGCCAAUCGCCAUAUCACACUGGACAAUCAUGCACAGACUGCAUUCGCGAUACGAUUGCCGAUGGCGGAUCGGUAGAUGUGAUUUCCAGUCUCCAAUGGAAGCUAGACAAUAGUAAGCAGUGUCCCAACUGCUCUGUUCUAAUUAAUCGUGAUGAAGGAUGCAACAAGGUCGAUUGUUUAUACUGCGGCCACAAAUUUUGCUGGCAAUGUCUUGGCCAGUUUGAUAAAGGUAGCUGUGCCUACUAUCGUUGCCAACUUGUUGGGGUAACGGACGAGUCCGAGUCGCCUAAACAAGCAGAUGAAAAGCCCGAGAUUGGCGUUCCAAACAUGAUGCACAUUCAAGCUAAAUGGCAGCGAACAUCGAUGAUUGAAAUUUGAUAGCCUACACUAAUUAGGCUUUUGACAGCCCACCUUUAAACCUUUCCUUUUAAAUAUGUUUUUUCCCUUAUAAAUAGCCAACUUUGCUGAAUCCCUUCUCUUCCUAUAUGUGAAACCAAUACAAGAUCUUUUUAAAGUCCUUUG